GUCUCAGUGAUGCUCCAGUCUUCAUUCACUCCCCUCGCGCAGACAAACGCGGAGCUGAUGCGCGGUUUGUUCACGGUUUGAAGUUGGACCUGUUUCUGACCUGUUGCAUGACGCAAGCUGUGUACAAUACCAACCCCUGUGUUCCCGGGCUGCUUAGAUGUUCGUCCAACUCCACUGUCAUGUAGUUCAGAUAGUAAAAAAAGUUUUUUUUUCUUUAAGGUAGAGGAAAAUAAAUAAGGCACGUGCAUGUAAACAGUGAUAGUGAGACACGCGUUUGACAGCAUGGCGGAAACGCACCGGAUUCCCGUCACACCGGAGCCCUGAGAGCGGACAGCAGCGGGAUAUCAGUCCGUGGAAGAUCAACCGGAAAGCGUGAAGCGCGGAGCCGCAAUGGUGCUCACGCGGUGCGCGUUCAUGCGCGCGUGUCUCGCGCUACUCAUGCAAGCCAGCCAGUGGAGCGCCAGGGAGAGCUCGAGCUGCGACCUCAACAGGAAGCAAAGUGAGCUCAAUUCCUUCCUGUGGACAAUUAAGCGUGACCCACCGUCGUAUUUCUACGGCACCAUCCACGUGCCCUACACAAGGGUUUGGGACUACAUCCCAGAGAACUCAAAAAAAGCCUUCCAGGAGAGCAAUAUUGUGUACUUUGAACUGGACCUCACUGACCCGUACACUAUUUCAGCACUGACGCGGUGCCAGCUGCUACCGCAAGGUGAGAACCUGCAGGACGUUCUGCCGAGAGACAUUUACCGCCGCUUGAAGAGGCAUCUGGAGUAUGUCAAGCUCAUGAUGCCAUCGUGGAUGACUCCAGAUCAGAGGGGAAAGGGUCUGUAUGCUGAUUACCUAUUCAACGCCAUUGCAGGUAACUGGGAGCGCAAACGACCUGUAUGGGUCAUGCUCAUGGUGAACUCGCUGACUGAGGCGGACAUUAAGACGCGUGGUGUUCCAGUGCUGGACCUCUACCUGGCUCAGGAGGCAGAGAGGAUGAAGAAGAAGACGGGAGCGGUGGAGAAGGUUGAGGAGCAGUGCCAUCCUCUCAACGGGUUGAACUUCUCCCAGGUGAUCUUUGCCCUGAAUCAGACGCUGCUUCAGCAGGAGAGUCUCCGGGCCGGGAGUCUGCAGGUCCCCUACACCACUGAGGAUCUCAUUAAGCACUACAACUGUGGUGAUCUCAACUCCAUCAUAUUCAACCACGACACUUCACAGGUGCCCAACUUCAACAACGUCACUCUGCCUCCUAGUGAACAGAUCACAGCUCAGGAGAUUGACAGCUACUUCCGUCAGGAGCUCAUCUACAAGCGCAAUGAGCGGAUGGGCAAGAGGGUCAAAGCUCUGAUGGAGGAGCAUCCUGACAAGAGCUUUUUCUUCGCUUUCGGUGCAGGUCACUUCCUGGGCAACAACACUGUGAUCGAUGUUCUGAGAAGCCAAGGCUACGAGGUGGAGCACACGCCAGCUGGCCAGCCCAUUAGCAGUGGCAAAAGAUCCAGCCAUCCUACAGACAGAGAGGAUGACAACGCAUCAGAUGUGGAGUCACCAAUUGAAGCCUUCUUUCAUGAAGACCAAGAAUGGCGUCCCAUGGAGGAAGAGGAGGAUACUCCGCCCCAUUUGCUGCUCCCGGACAGCUUGGAGCUUCUUGAGAAGGUGGAGCGCAAGCUGAAGAAGAAACGGCGCAACAGGCUAAAGAAGCAACGUCACCGGCAGUUUAACGACCUCUGGGUCCGCAUGGAGGAAAGCACAACGCUAGAACCACCUCAGCCGGUCGUCCGCAUCAUAAACGGCUACAUCGCGGUCCAGUCCGAUUCACAAGCUCAUGGAAGGUCCGAUCACGACAGGACAUUUUCAGGCUCCGCUCACACAAAGGGAGGGGCUUCCUUCACCAUGCUGAUAUUGUGCCUUCAGGUCAUGGUGCUUCUUGGCUUAAACCUUUAAAGCAUCUACGUGACCUCGAGCUUGACCUUGUGACGUCCCACGCUUCAGAAAGACUCUCAGAGUGAAGAAAAAGAUGCUGUACAAUUCUCCUUUAAAGAGUUCUUCAUUUUCUGAAGGACUGCAACUGUUUCACUGCAAUCGAGUGCAGACUCUGUAAAUACCAAAUGUAUCAUAGAUGUAAUUUAGAGACAUGAAUAAAAAUGGAUGCUUUUUGUUCAUUUUUAUAUAUAAAUAAGAUUCACUAUAUUUUUGUGACUAAAUGACGUACUAACAAACAUUUUUUUUUUUUAUAUCCCAUAACUCCCUUAUUCAGGGAAAGCAAUGCUUCACUAUUUACAUCCUCUAAUGUGUUUGCUUUUUUAUUACAAGGAGUUUAUUUGUUUAAUUUAUUAAAUAUAUAGCUUUAGUUAAAUCUUAUUAUUAUUAUUAUUAUUAUUAUUAUUAUUAUUAUUAUUAUUAUUAUUAUUAUUGUGUUCUGACAGCUCUUUCUGGUUCAGACCGGCUCUUUUUUCCGUGCUUUCUAAAGAUUUUCCGUACGACUGUCAUACACUAGAACACAUUCCGAUAACAUACAGUACAUAUGUGGCACCGAGUUAUGAUUAUGUGAUUGAAAAUGCAAUAAACUAUUUAUCUAGUUAAA